AUGAAGGAUAGCAUCACCAAACCGCCUGAGAAGGAACCAAAAUCAAUCACGCCUGUAGCUGACCAAGGUCAGGGAGGUCUCGAGGCAAAAACUGGAUCAAAUUUGACCACUCAAUUGUCGAUUGCCUUGACAAAGGAUAAUCCUGCCUUGACAAGAACUCCCAAGAGCCAAAGCAAGCAAACCCCUCCUUCAAAAAUUGCUGAGGAUGGCACAACAAAAGGACGUUUGCUCCUCCCGCCUGAAAUUGCCUUAACCAAGGAUAAUCCUGAUCCCAAGGCUCCCAAGAGCCAACGCAAGCAACCCGCCCCCUCCUUCCAAAAUUGCCGAGAAUGGUGCAGUGCAAGGACGACUGCUCAUUGCCUACAACAAGAAACUCAGGGUGUCAAAGUUUCACAAGCUCUACAAGAAGGAAGGCUUGGAAAAAAAGAGGUUUUUGGAAAUCAGGCAUUUGCCGCUUGGUUUUCUCGAACGGCAAAACACACUGGGCUGGCAUUUGCCAAAUGCGUAGGCUUGUGGGCGGAUGUCAAUAUGAAAAAGCCUCCAAGCCUCAAUCCUACCACAAAAUUGCUUUGUUCAUCUUGA